AAAAAAAAAACUUCAAAAGAGAGAAAAUGUAUGUAUUUGUUAACUGUCGUCUUCACUAUCCUCAUUCAAGUUGACUCUUCAAAAGAAAUCAUGCACCCUUACUCUCUCAUCUUAUCGAGCGGUAUAUUCUAUUCAUCACAACCAAUUAAUCGGUUCAGGCCAUAUCCAACAUCUCCUACACCAAAUAAGAUUACUUUCUCUAAUAAAAUUAUAGGGUUCUCCCUGGAGGAACCAUCCUUCGUCAUCUAGAUAUGUAGUUACUGUACAUGUACUGCGUAUUCGAAUACGUCUGUUUAGAUUUAUAAUAUACG